CCUGCCCCGGACCUUCCAGGAGAAGGGGCUGGGAGGAGCGCUCGGAGGCGCUAGCGAGCCUUCCCAGGAGGUGGGCGCCGGGCCGCGGACGAGGACGGGCCAGGGGACGGGACUGGGACCGGGCUGCCGGCGGGGUCGGUCGCCAACCGGGGGCGUCCCAGGCCGCUUCCUGCUCUCCUCCCGGGACCCUCGGUGGCCGGCUAGUGCCGGGCUGGUGGCCGGUGGGUGGCCCACCGCGAAGCCCUGGCUCUGUCGACGUCACUUGCACCCCACCUUUGGAAAGCUGUCAGACUUUCUCACGUUCGCUUUCGUCCCCACCUGGAACGGGGCAGAUGGCUUCACUGUCUUAGAAAAGGGAGCCAGCCAGGCUCGCGGGUGCCAUUGAAAUACCAGAACUCUGCCCAGCUGCCUGCCUAAGGGCCUGAGCCCCGCCCACCGAGAGCACCGGGAAAGCAGGCUCCACGGUCAGGCACAAAUAGGAUGCUGUCCUCUUGCUCAGUGCCUGGAAAGGAGCCCUGGAGAUGUUGAUGCUGGCGGUGGCCACCCUGGGGAGCAGCCAGUGCCCCACCAGCUUCUCUCCUUUAGGAAAAGCAAAGCCCUUUCUCUUGAUUUUACCAAAUUAGCUGACCACCCCCAUCACUGAUGAAGCUCCUGUGGUCUCGGGAACGGAAGCAGUGGAACAGUCGGGGGCCUGGGCCCCUAGAAUGAGGAGGCCAUGUCUGGAGCUCCCUGUGUUAGGCCUUGGAGGGUUGAAGAAUAUGUAGGCUGAAGAUGGAAAUACACAACAAGGAUUGGCAAGGGUCAAAUGGGCUUGGAAUUUGGAGGGAGUGCUACAGGUGCCCAGAGGGAUAUUUCCAGCUGUGUCCAGACAAGCGGGAAGAACAAGGGACAGACUCACUCUCGGAUGCUGAUGGUGUAGCGCUCACAGAAAGAUGGCUUUUAGGAAGACAUGGCCCUCAGGACAGCGUGGCCUCCCAGGUGCCCCCUGGGAGGUUUGUGUCUGCGGGAUGCCGUAUUCUGCUGGUAAACACGUGUGUCCUUGGACUCCACUUGGUGUCCUGGCCUCAAGCCUUUGUGCAAGGUUGACCCAGCCCUCCACACCUGCCUUCAGAUACAGUUCGGGAUUUUCCCUGCUAUGUGAACUCUGGAGAAACUCUCGCCAUCCCCAUUUGGAAAUGAACUUAGUGUUUUUCUCAGUGAGACCUCUGUGCCUGCCCACUGUGGGCCACCACCAGCCCAGCUCAGACUCCGGGUGCUUACGGGGCCCAGGACCAAGAGGGUCUGUGAAGGAUUGAGGGGCCCCCCCUGGCUGGGGCUAAGUGUGAAGACGUGCCCAGAACUCAUCUAAGCUUAGCCAGCCUGUCUGCUGUCCCAGCCGUUAGCUCGGGAAAGGGCACUUGCUCCCUUAAUGGCUGGGAUCAAAGCUAAGUGGAUUUGACUGAAAUGGGAGGGCUGCUGGCUCUCUUCCCCUCACUCUCAUUAUCAUAAUUAACAGUGCUUGGCAGGGGUGAUGGGCCAUACUGACCGUGCCACUCCCGUGGCCCUCAGAGUCCAGACCCCAGCUAGCGCACGUACACGGACUCACGCUGUCUCUGGCCUCUGUGACUGGGCAUGAUGUCCUCGAGGAUCGCCAGGUCACACCGAGCAUUGGCAUCUCCUCUGCAUCAAGACUGACUCGGACAUUGUGUGGGCGCCACGUCUUGUCAACCUACUCAUCUGUCAGUGGACGUCCCCACUGUCCCCAGACCAACUAAACCAUCUCUUGGUGCGGACCCAUGUACCUGUACUGUUUUCACGUCUCUGGUGAUUUCGAAGGACAGCUGAGUUCAAGAACCCUCCAUCUACACCAGGGAGUCUCCGGUUUGCGUGUGCAGAAAAUUCACCCUUGUUGAGAGUCCAGAGGCCUGUUGUAAGGCUGUGUCCUGUCCCUGGACUUCCUCCUCUGGGCUCCCCAGGGACUCUGACCUGCCAUCCCGGGAGAGACUUUCCUUGCUUGUCUGUCCCUUGUUGAAGUGGAAGCACACCAGGGCUGGGGAACAGAUGCACCCAGGUCCCUGAGCCUCUGAGAUCUUGAGUCCACGCCAGACCCAGCAGGUCCCUGAGCCCAUCCUGUAGGCUCACCAGGCUCCCAGACACAUGGCAGCUUCUACCUUUCCUGAACUGGAACCCUUAGCCUUGAACUGGAGCACAGUCCCUGCUGAUGUAGUGCGUGGUAUGAAUGACCAUCUCGUUUGAUUCACGUGCUAGGAGGAGAAUCUGCCUCCUGAGAACCACGUCUCCCACUGCGUGGCCCAGUGUGGACCACCACAGCUGCACCAGAUUCUGGAAUCACAGCCCGGAGCAUGUGCCAGGAGGCGCGAUCCCGAUGCGGGUCGCCACCAGAGACCCACAGUCUCUCAUCUCUUCUCCGUGAAGAAUGCAGGUGUGUCUACUGUAAACUCAAGGACACUGGCUCCAAGGCCCACCUGAACCCAGAAGAAAUUCAGUGAGGAAGGAAGAGGCAGUUCUGCUAUCAGGACUCCGUGAGAUCAUCCCUGCGAGAGAACCACAAGCUACGUGGGUGGAGAGGCAAGGGAAGAACUUCUGGCUUUAAUCAUCCUGUGCCUCUGCAGCACACAUCCUUCCCAACGCUUGCUGCACUGACGGCAACAUCGUCGUCAGGGAGACAGACAGCAGACAAGGAAACCCGUGGCUGCACAAGCUUCCUCGGCAGACCUUGAAUGAGUGAUUGCAUGAACGAGUGAAUGAGAAAGGGACUUGUUGUAAAGGUCAGGUAUUUCUGAGGGGCUUAGAACAGUGCUCACCACCCUGCACCGCAGUGCAAGUCAGAGAGAAGAGCACCAUCUACAUGGACACGUAAGCCAUGGCCACGCCUGCGGGGUCUCGGGGAGACUGUGUUUUCAUCCUCCCUCCUUCCCCACAGGAUCAUGGGAGGCUACCUGGACCUUCUGUUGGGGGUAAUGCUCGUGGUCAGCCCUGUGCUAACAAUUCCUUCCUGCACCUCUGAUGGCCAGAGGGCCUUGUAUCGAUCCUGCAACCUAACUCAGGUGCCGCCGGUCCCCAGCACCACCCAGAUCCUCCUGCUCAGCUUCAACUAUAUCCGGACUGUGACAACCACGUCUUUCCCCUUCCUGGAGCAGCUGCAGCUGCUGGAGCUUGGGACUCAGUUUACCCCCUUUACCAUCGGCAGAGAGGCCUUCAGAAACCUGCCCAACCUCAGGGUGUUGGACCUGGGCAAGAGUCAGGUGGAUUUCCUGCAUCCCGAUGCUUUCCAGGGGCUGCCCCGCCUGCAGGAACUUAGACUCUUCCAUUGCGGUCUGUCCGAUAAGACAUUAAAAGAUGGUUAUUUCAGAAAUUUGGAGUCUUUGUCUCGCCUGGACCUGUCCAAAAAUCAGAUUCAAAGCCUUAACCUUCACCCAUCAUUCUGGGAAUUAAAUUCCCUGAAGUCCAUUGAUUUUUCCCUCAACCAGAUACCCGUCGUGUGUGAGCACGAGCUUCAGCCGCUGCAAGGGAAAACGCUCUCACUGUUAAACCUCGCCGCCAAUCAGCUGUACAGCAGGGGCUCCAUGGACUGGGGCGCAUGCAUGAACCCAUUCAAAAACAUGGUCUUGGAGACCCUGGAUGUUUCUGGCAAUGGCUGGACUGCAGACAUCACAGGCAACUUCAGCAGGGCCGUCAGCGGGAGCCAGAUCUCCUCUCUGGUGCUGGCCCACCAUAUUAUGGGGCCCGGGUUUGGCUUCCAGAACAUCAGGGACCCCAACCGGGACACGUUUGCAGGCCUGGCCGGGAGCACGCUGCUGUGGCUGGACCUGUCCUAUGGCUUCAUCUUCUCCCUGAACUUCCGAGUCUUUGAGGCCCUCAAGGACUUGAAGCUCCUGCAGCUGGCCCACAACAAGAUCAACAGGAUUGCAGAAGAAGCGUUUUAUGGCCUCGACAGCCUCCAGGUUCUCAACAUGUCCUACAACCUCCUGGGGGAGCUUUAUGAUUCUGAUUUCUCUGGACUCCGUCAGGUAGCCUAUAUUGAUCUCCAAAACAAUCAUAUUGGGAUCAUUCAGAGCCAGACCUUCAGGUUCCUGAAAAUGUUACAGACCUUGGAUCUGCGGGACAAUGCUCUUAAAACAAUCUCUUUCCUGCCAAGCCUAGACACCAUCUUCUUGGGUAGCAAUAAGCUGGCGGCCUUGCCGGACAUGGAGCUUAAAGCCAGCUUCAUCCACUUGUCAGAAAACAGGCUGGAGGAUCUGGAUGAUCUCUACUUCCUCCUCCAGGUCCCCGACCUCCAGGUCCUCAUUCUGAAUCAAAACCGCUUUUCCUCUUGCAGCCGUGCUCGCGGCCCGGCAGGGAGCCUCAGCCUGGAAAUGCUUUUCCUCGGAAGAAACAUGUUGCAGCUUGCCUGGGAAACCGGCUUCUGCUGGGAUGUGUUCAAGGGACUUUCACGGCUCCGGGUCCUGUAUCUGAACAAUAACUACCUGACUUUCCUCCCGCCGGGGGCCCUUGGCGAUCUGAGUGCGCUGAGGGGUCUCGACCUCAGCUCCAACAGGCUAAUGACGCUUGCUCCUGGCGACCUGCCUGCCAACCUGGAGGUGCUGGACGUGUCCAGAAACCAGCUCCUGACCCUGGACCCCAACCUGCUGGCGUCCCUCACCGCCGUGGACAUAACACACAACAAAUUCAUCUGUGAGUGUGACCUCCGUUCUCUCAUUGUUUGGCUCAACCAGACCAACGUCACCGUGCUUGGGUCUGGUGCAGACAUCUCCUGCAUGUACCCCAACGCACUCGCAGGGACCCCCCUCUCCUCUGUCUCCAUGGAGGACUGUGAUGAAGAGGAGGUCUUGAAGGCUCUACGGUUGUCUCUUUUUGUCUCCUCCACGGUGACCCUGACUGUGUUCCUCGUGACAGUCUUCGUGUCUACCAAGCUCCGCGGCCUUGGCUUCAUUUGCUACAGGGCGGCCUGCAGACUGCUGCCCAUGGUCCAGGCCGAGCGCCACGAGUCCAAGCCGUACAGAUACGAUGCAUACCUCUGCUUCAGUGGCAGAGACUUUGCGUGGGUGCAGCGGGCUCUGCUCAGACACCUGGAUGCUCAGUAUAGUGCCCAGAACAGAUUCAACCUGUGCUUUGAAGAAAGAGACUUUGUCCCAGGGCGGGAGCAUAUCGCCAACAUCCAGGAUGCCGUGUGGGGCAGCAGGAAGGUGGUCUGCCUCGUGAGCCGACACUUCCUCCGGGAUGGGUGGUGCCUGGAAGCCUUUGCCUACGCCCAGAGCAGGUGUGUGUCUGAUGCGGACGGUGCCCUCAUCCUGGUGAUCGUCGGGUCCCUGUCCCGGUUCCAGCUGAUGAAGCACCGAGGCAUUGCAGGGUUUGUGCGGAAACGGCACUACCUGAGGUGGCCCGAGGACCUCCAGGACGUGGGCUGGUUCCUUCACACACUCUCCCAGCACAUUCUGAAGAGAGAGAAGGACACCAUCAGGGAUGGGAGCAUCCAGCUGCAGGCUGUGGUGACCGUCUCCUAGCCAGGGAGCAUUUCCCCCUAAUCUCACACCACGGAUAACUCUUACUGUUUUGGGGUCCUGUUUGGGAGGUUUUUUGUUUUUUGUUUUUUGUUUUCUAUUAGGAAAACAACAUAGCUCUGAAUUCUCAUAGCCACAUGAUGCCUGGUCUCACUGACCCGGAAAUGGAAAGGAAUCUUGUUCCCUCCAGACUCACUGAACAGGACACACCUUCGUCAUGGGAAGGGCACGAGGAGAGGCAUCCCAGGUGGCUGAGAGCCUUUCUCUGGUGCUCGCUCAGUUGGCAAGUGGUGCCCUGUGCACUGCAGAACAACACUGAGGAGGAAGAAUGGAAAAGAGGGUGUGUCUCCUGCUUCCACCGCAGGGACGAUGCCCCUGCUGGGUGCCGGUCCUGCUCUGUCUGAGAUAAGCACUGGCCCCACAGAAGCUGGCUGGAGAGGACCUGGAUCUUGUCGAGACCAUAGCGCUCUCCCUGUUCCUCAUGAGCUCUGCUUCACACGUGGCCUGUGUUCCCCUUCCUUCUCUCCCACACCCCGCUCAUCCACUGUGCUACACGGGGAGCCUCGUUCCAGGCCUGAUUUUGCUGCUCAGGCGCUGUGUGACCUCAAGCACAUGACAACCCCCCUCUGGGCCUGCUUUUUUAUCUGCAGGUCAGGUGCUAUCUACCAAGGACCUCAGGCUUCUCAGAUCUUCUCCUUAGUUACCUUGCUGGCCCCAAGGGCAUGCACACACAGAGGGGACUUCUGGAGGCAGUCAAAACUUCUCUGAAGUUGUAUUUUUUUUUAAUCUUAAAAGAAGUCUCUGUAUAUUUUGCAUUCUGUCUUUUUGUAUGUUUAUUUUAAUACAGAAAUGUUUUUCUGCAAAAGUAUUAAGAAAAUUUAAACCAAGGAAGGUAUGCCAGAAUAUUGCUGGUGGCUUCACACACAGCCCCCUAAGCCCAGCAGCCCCAGCUCGGCUGCCACAUUUGAGGGGCGCCCUUAGGCCAGGGCCCAGUGUUCCAAAAUGUCUUUCCUGUCCCCUGGCCCUAACUCCUCUGGAACAUCGCCUCCCCCACCCCGACCCUCCACCUCUUCUUUCUGGAAAGUUCUCCCAGCUCCGCCCAUCCAUCCUUUGUGUUCUUCAAAACCCCACCCCCCCAGCCUCCUGGGAGGCCUCCAACCCAGAAUGCUCUUAAAUUCUCAGCACCUAACCUGUUCUUCUAAGACAAGCACUUGUGACUUCCUGUGAGAGCUGUGAGCCUGUCUGGCUGCUCACCCCUCUGGGCUAUAAGCUCCGUGGGAAGACCUUCCUUCUGUGUCCUACCCUCACUGGCUGUCAGAGACCAUGAAUGGUUUUGGGAAGGAAUUCCUUCUCUCCCUCUUCCUCCUUGUCUUCCUGGCGAAUUUCCUAGCACAACUGCCCUUUCGUGUAACCCUACAGAUUUUUGUCACCGGCCUAGACAGAGCCCCUGAUGGCAGGGACGUUGUCUUAUUCAUCACUGUAUCCUGAGCCCCAUAUGGUGCCUGAUCCAUAGCACAUGCUUAAUAAGGGUGUGGUGAAUGGAUCAAGUGUGCUGGGAAGCCCAGCUCCGGGGAGGUGAUGGUGCUGGGUGGAGAGCGGAAGGGCCAGGAGCCCGAGGCUCAUUUCAAACCAUGCAGCAUGGUGCGGGACUCCUGGGUGGGGGGGACGGUCUUAGCCUCUGUGAGCAACCAGGGCUUGGGCUAGAAUGAGGAGAUGGAGAGAUUAGAAGGGGGAAUGGAGGGGUGGAGGGAUGAAGAAUGGGG